AUGGAGAAGAAUGGGCGGGCGGGGGAGCGGGGCCGCGUGAGGGCGCGCCGGCGGGGGCUGGGCGGCCGCGGGCCGGGCCCCCUGUGUGAACCUGUAAUUGGAGCCUGGGCGCCGAGCGGCCCCGGAAGCCGCCGCCCUGCGCCGCGGUACAUCUCGGCUGCGGGGCCGCCCGUGUCCGGCGGCGGAAGCCGCGCGCCUCCGGCGAAACCGGGCCCGGUUGCACCUGGCCGGGCGGCGCGCCGGGCCCUCCUCGGAGGACGCCGGGCGCCGGGAGAGCGGCCGCCGGGGCGCCGUUCACUGCGGCCAGCAGCCCAGAGACCCGGGCGCAUGCAGAGGAAGGCUCUGGCGGCCAGAUCCUGUCAGCGGGCGACAGGGUGGCGGGACUGAGCAUCUGCGCCUGAGGCCGCGCUCGCUGCAGGGAUGCACGUCUCUGACCCCUAGACUCACACAAGCGCACCCCACACACCUCCCGCCUCGGUGGUGGCGUGGCGUGUACUGGGUGCUAUGUGUAGUUCCAAGUCCUCAAGAAGAUAGGUUUUUAAAAAUAUAUAUUGUAUAUCUCGUACUGACUCCUGGUUUGUAGAAACAGCCAGGUGGUGGUUUUGAAUUUAGAAAUCCAGAUGUCUGUAUCCCUGACAAAGGAGCAGAGCAGUUCGUAUUUCUGUGAAUUCCGCUCUUGUGGCUGCUGCCCUUGCAGUCCCAUCAGUGAGGGAACGCUUGAUAAAUACCGUGGAGGAUAACAGAAAUAUUCUCAUCUUUGCUAAUUGCUUGUCCGUUUCUAUCCCUCCGUAAAUAUUGAUCUGAAUGCCGUUUUAGCACAUUUCACACACCACACACUAAGUGGCCUGGGCCUGAUAUGGAUGUUUGUUUCUUAGCCUCUCACCACCCCCCGCCCCCACCCCGCCACCACACACACGUUAGGCCACUUCCUGACUCAGUGAACCUCUUAUUCCACUAAACCUUCACCUCCAGCCCCUCAGUCCUUCCCCAAGGGCCUCUUCUGCUUCCCUGUCUAGGCUGGGUCCCUCCAUCAGCCAACUGGGAUUUGGUGUUGCUGGCGCACCAGGCACCCUUGCUCCCUGGUAUCCACCAGAGGCCACUUGUCACUUGUCCCACCCCCGAGGAUAAUCCCACUACCUGCUUUCUGCACUCUUGGCACAGGUUAACAGAGCUCUCUGGGGUCUGCUAUAACCCCAAAAACAGAAGUUGAGCCUCCCAUGCUCCUUUCCAGCCUCUUCAGUCUUCCAUCAAGCACGUCAUUGCCACCUGCCUCUUCCCUCGCAGAACCUGGUGGUCCAGGCAUAGGAAACCAUCCACCCACUCCCCUCUGCCUUCCAGAAGGUUCUCUGACUUUCAUUUUCUUCCCCCCAAAGUGACAGGCCACCCUGCCCCAGAAGUCAGUGUGUCCACUACCCCGUUGUGGUUCUGUAAAUUUUCCCAGCCUCUGGAAUCUACAGUGAGUCAGCCUUUCCUGCCUUGGCCCAUUUCUGCCACCUUGUCGAGGUGUGGCCAAGCUGCAGAUAGGUCGGGGAGAGGAAAAGACAACGUGGGGUUGAGGAUUCCUCGCCUACGUUGGUACCUAAGCAAAAUAUUUCUCCCACACUCAGUGUUACUUUUCCAUCAAAAAUGAGGUCCUCAUUAAAAUGGUCCAUUUCCUGUGCUUCUGAACUUUGACUCUCAUUCAUUCAUCCAUCCAACAGACAUUUACUGAGUGCCUCCUAUGUGUCUGGCACUGUGCUAGGACCUGAGAAUGUGAUAGUGACCC